AUGAAUCUCUCGUCGUCCUCGUCUGCUUCUUCGUCGUCUUCGACCGGUUCGUGGUUCUCCGGCGUGGUCCGCGGCCGGUCGGACCGGUCCGGGUCCGUCAAGAUGGGCUCGGAUUCUGUCUCCGGCGGUUCCGGCGACUUUUCUGGUUCCGUUGUACGGAAGAACCAGUUCCGAGGCGUGCUCUUCAAGUACGGCCCAAAGCCUAUUCAGGUUGCAUUUAAAACAGGUGAUUAUAGACAACAAGUCAUUUUUAUUGGUGGACUGACUGAUGGUUUUCUGGCAACAGAUUACUUGGAACCUCUUGCAAUUGCUUUGGACAAGGAGAAAUGGUCACUUGUUCAGCCACUCUUGUCAUCUUCAUACAGUGGAUAUGGCACUUCCAGCUUGCAACAAGAUGCAAUGGAACUUGAUCAGCUGAUCAGUCACUUUAUAAACAAAGAAGAUUCUGAGGGUGUGGUACUGCUUGGCCAUAGUACUGGCUGUCAGGAUAUUGUACAUUACAUGCGCACAAAUGCUGCAUGCUCCCGAGCGGUCCGUGCUGCCAUUCUGCAGGCUCCAGUCAGUGAUCGGGAAUACAGAGCAACUCUUCCCGAAACAGCUGCUAUGAUUGACUUGGCUUCAACCAUGAUUAGUGAAGGCCGUGGGUCGGAGUUAUUGCCAAGUGAAGCAGAUCCAGGAGCCCCAAUAACUGCCUAUCGGUAUCACUCUCUUUGUGCAUACAACGGGGAUGAUGACUUGUUUAGUUCUGACCUUACUGACGACCAGCUGAGGUUGAGACUUGGGCACAUGGCUAACACACCUUGCCAGGUUAUGUAUUCCAUGGCUGAUGAAUAUGUGCCAGACUAUGUUGACAAGAAAGCAUUGGUCCAAAGAUUGUGUAAAGCAAUGGGUGGUGCAGAGAAAGUUGAAAUUGAAUAUGGUAAUCACUCCCUUUCUAACAGAGUUGAUGAAGCUGUCCAUGCCAUUAUUGAUUUUGUUAAGAGAGAGGGACCUAAAGGCUGGGAUGAUCCGUGGCAUUAG